CGAAGGAAAUUCUCCAGCUUUGAUGCGGAAACUCAACAAACGUGGUUAUGACGUCACACACAGAAAACAUUUCGCUUCGGUUGUUGCCGAGUUAUCGGGCAAAGGGUUGCAAGAUUUCCACGUGGUGGCGACCAUCGGCAACGGAGCUUUCGGAUUGGUUGAUCUUGUCACCCUGGCGACCAAUCAGAACUGCGCAUUCGCUGUUAAGAAAAUGUCAAAUCAAGAAAUCGUUUCAAACGACCAGCAAAACCACGUGACACAAGAGAAAGAAAUACAGUUUGUGACGUCACAAGAGUGUCCAUUUAUUGCGUCACUAUACACAUCGUUUAAAGACAAAAGGUACGUUUAUUUCGUCAUGGAAUAUUGCGCCGGCGGGGAAUUAUUUAAAUUGAUGACGUCAGCAAAAUCAUUCGACCGGAAAGCAGCGAGAUUCUACGCAGGUUGCGUCAUAGAAGCUUUAUCGUAUUUACAUUCAGGAAACAUCGUGUAUCGCGAUUUGAAGCCGGAGAACCUGGUUCUUGAUGGAAGAGGUUAUUGUAAACUUACCGACUUUGGAUUCGCAAAGAAAUUAUCGAAAAGAUCUGGAUUGAAAACUUUCACUUUCUGUGGGACUCCCGAAUGCAUGGCCCCUGAAGCUAUACUGUAUAAAGGCCAUUCGUUUCCGGUUGAUCUUUGGUCGCUAGGUGUCUUCAUUUACGAGAUCGUUGUAGGGAAAGCCCCCUUCCGAAACCGCAACAAGGACGAGCUUGGUCAAUCCAUCCUGCGCGGUGUCGAGCCGAAGUUAAUUGCGGCGAAAGAAGCCAAACGUAUUGAUGACGUCACAGUGGCUAUUGUUCGUGAAUUAUGUCAAAUGCGACCUGAAGAUCGACUUGGUGCUGGAAGAAUGGGCAUUCAUGACGUCACAAAGCAUUGUUGGUUCGAUGGCUUCGAUUGGGAAUUAUUACGUCAGAGGAAAAUGGAGUCGCCUUGGAAACCUCAACUCAACAGCGCCACCGACGUCCGAUAUUUUGAUGUUUAUAAUAAAACUCCCGCGAGUGUAUCGGGGGAAUUCCCUGGGUGGGAUGAAACUUUUUAAAGUUCAAAAUAUUUGAUUUGUAAACUUUAUGUUCUAGUUAUACGUGGGUAGUUGUGUUGUUACUGUGCUGUGUAUGUAUCUUCAUUUAUUCUUCACAAAAUAAAGACGGAAUUUUAACUCACAGCCGCUGAGUAGUUUGGAUAAUUUCAGCUAUUGUUUUACAACAAAAUAUCAUAUUAACAAAAUAUUAGUAUCUUGAUGAAAGUCACAAACGCCCACAAUAGUGGAAGCAUCUGGUCCCGAACCCAUGCACUCUGUGAUAUGGUAGCGAGAGUUUUAACCGCUAAGCCAUGUGUCCAAUAAAAAGGACUAGAGUUAAAAUGUUUGUAAAAGAUAUUUUGUCGCAAAAUCCGAACCCCGAGGUUAAGAUUGUCCAUUGUAAGAAUUUGAAAAGUAUAUCCUGGGCAACACAUGAAUAACUCGAUGACGUUGAGAGUAAAUGUAAAAGUGGUUGCUCUGUGGUUUGCGCCUCGAUGUAAUACCUCACUCGUUUAGAAUAGAAAUGAUUUCAAAAGUAAAUUCACGCUGGAAAUAGAGUAUCAAAAUCGCGAAUCAUCGUGAACUUCGUUUGUUACGUCGCAAUGCUGAUCUGAAGCUGAUUGGUCAGAUUGCUCACGUGACCGACGACUCGCACCAGCUGAUAACGCCUUGAUUGCUCCGCGCAUAAAACGCCUCUUCUACAAAGCUACCACGUUUCAGUUUAGAUGAAGGUUCCAGACCAGGUUACAAGUUAAAAGGUUUUAACAAGUUUACUUGCAAGACUUGAAAGUCACGUGAUCGGCUUGUCGAAUAUAUUCGAGCGUCUCCAAUGUAUUUUCGCUGCUGAAUUGUGACGUUUGAUUCAUCAGUUGUGACGUAUUAUGCUGACAUCGUGACGUCACUAUGGGGUUACAAUUUUGCGGUGCUUUAUAAACAACUCGCUGUAGCGAAACACAGGGAAGGAGCUCGGUUUUGUAAUAUUGUGACGUCAACAAUAACCUUGAACGGGUUAUCUUGCGCCCCCUGGUGUGAAGAAGAUGUCGAUGGGUUCCGGAUGUUUCGGGACGGGAAGUGACGUCAGCAGAACAUUCUUUCUUUUGCUGCGUCAUAUCCUUACUAUAAACGAAACAAAACUUUGACCCAUUUACUAUUACAAAUUUUGUUUAACUUUUCGGU